CAKAGGCGCGAUUUCGCUGACAAAUUAUGAACACGUAUAACAGUCAUAUCUACCUGAGUCUUGUUCUAUGCUUAUAACCCCAAACUUUCCUGUCAAUUAAUGCAAGUUCAAAAUUAAGUAAUAAACAGAGCAAAUUGAGAGAAAAUGUUAAUGCUUGCCGGUCUACUGGUUUGCUUGAUUCAUCCCAUUCUCAGCCAAUCGAUAUCUUUCCAGAGUAGUUUAGAGAACGAUGGCUCAGUCCUGAUCAAAGUCCAACAUGCUUUGAAUGGAGGCCCCCAUCCUGUGUAUACUGAGCGGGGCAAUAUCACGGUCCAGAGCCUGCGACUACGGCAGGCGAUUGUAAGCCAGAAGCCCUUAUCUAAGGCAGAGCAGCUUCAGAUUCAGAAACUGGCCGAAUCAAACGAACUCUACAAAACCAGGAUCACAGUAGUCGCUAAUGAUGGCACUGAAAGAACAUUCAUUUCCGCUGUGAAAGCAUGUAUGUUGGCUGAAUCUGAACUGGACGAUAGAUUCUCAGUUUCACUCGAUUACUCAGGGCGAGUUGUAGGAGUCACUAAUGUAAUCGCCUCGAAGUCUGCAUGCGAAGGGGCAUCCGCCCCUUUGGAUAAACUGAAGGAAUUCACCACAAAUGUCUAUGUAAGACACACGGAAGUUGGUGCGAUUCCGGAUACCGCCUCAUUCGUGCAGAAAAUUGAGCGAGAACGGGAGGCCCAGGAGAAAGGCGAAGUGAAGGACAACAGAUCGUUUUUGGCAAAAUAUUGGAUGUACAUCGUUCCAGUGGUGAUUGUUAUGGUAAUCUCUUCGGCUAGCAACCCUGAAGGCCAAGGUGGAGGCCAACAGUAAAAUACUAUUUAUAACAUUAUUUAUUGCAAUAAAUAAAACAUGUGGAACACAUGCAAUAAUACCAAAGAAA